GGCAAGGCACAUGGAAAACAAAUGGAAUUGUUUUGUUUUUGUUUUGUAUUGUUAUUAUGUUGUGUUUCCAAAGACUGGGUAAACAUCACGUACAUUCUUAACCUAGUUACCUACUUUCGCUUUCGGUUUAGAAGUAAGGGAGGCUACUCUGUUGCAGGUCACGUGACCAAAAUAGGAAAUGCUCUGUUCCUAGAAAAAACAACAAACAGUAAGUCCGAAAAAUGGUGAAUUUCCUGAAAAUUCUGCUGACAUUAUGGCCAAAUUUAGCGUGAAUAUCAAGUUGAGAGAUGGCUGAAGCCCAGGACGACCCGAUUGUCAUUUGUUCAGACGAUGAUUCGGACAAUGACGAUGUUGUGCUGAUAAAGGAAGAGAUAGAGGUGGACAGUGAUGAUGUCAUCUUCCUGUCAGAGACAAAAGCUGUGCCGGUUACACCCACUGACUCUUCCCCUUCUGUCUCUACCGUGGGGAAAGGUAGCACAGGUCGACACAGCCCAGAUAAAACACAAAAUAAUGGCUCAGGUCUGGGACUGCAGAGGAGUGACAGUCUAGCAACAUGUACCAACAGAUUGAGCAUUGAUGAUGACGGUACAAAGUCCUUGAGUAGUUCUUCCACCCUGCUGGACACACAGGGGAUGGGGAAUGGCGGGACAGACUGUACCAUUUACCCUCAGUCUGGGGAUGCCAACAUGGCACUGGAUUUGUCUACGAGAUCUGAUGGUCCCAGUAGCAAGGCUAGUGGUGACAAUUGUGGGACUGUAUCUGGCUCGCAUUCCAACACUCCGGUAAACUCUGGUGGUGGAUUACAACAGAUAGUAGACACAUGGCCCCCGGCUGCUGCUUCUUGUGCAGACGUGAUGCCCCAGGCAGGGUUGAACACUUCCAGCGACCACCAACUAAUUGUUACCUCUUCCACCUCUUCAGUGGCUGGAGAUAAACAUCCCUUUCACAGCUGGCCAAAUCUUGAUCUGAAAAAUGACAAACCUGAUUACCUUCGGUCAAAUUCUGCAACUGAUUCGAGUAUACUAUGCACAAAUUCCAGUAGUGAUACAUCAAUGACUAGUGUGGCUAGUGUGAGCAAUAGUAUCGCCAGUAAUAUGCCAAUUACAUACAGUUCAUUUGAUCAAGCAACUAAAUGCACCUGGGACACAGUAUCUGCACCAGGAUGCAUUGCUGUAACUAGCAGCAACUCCUUGGUUGUGGUAUCAAGCAUAGGGAAUAGUGUGCCAUACCAGACACCAGAUGUGUUGACUACUAAGCCUGACCAGCUGCCUGUGAGUUCUAGUGUUGUAACUAAUGUGAGUGCAACUGCCCCGCACGGUCAUUCCGCACCAGGAGUUAGCACCCUGGGAAGCAAUCAACAGCCCUCGAGUCUUUCAUCAGAUCUGUUUGCAUCUUGUCGCAACUUAUUGUCCUACUUGGACUUAUUUGCGCCAGACAAUAAUAAAGAUAAUCAAAACACAUCUGUCCCAACUGCAAAUAAUAUUCCGCCAAACAAUGGAUCACGUUUUGUCAGCCAUUAUCCAGGGGACUCCUCAAACGGCCAAACAACUCCUACCCUUGCAUGCAUGCCCAGUUUUGGUGGCUACACACCCACAACAUCAGUGCAGGGUUCGACAUACUUCCGGUAUCCUUCCAUGUUUAUGGAUUCCAGCACAUUGACUAGCAGCAGUAUUUCACAGACGGGUACCAGUCCAACCAGCAGCGCAGGGCACCAGUCUUUCCCACCAUUGUACAAUCCACUUACGUUACCUCUUUCGAAACAAUCCAUGACUUUAAAACGGUCUCUAUCCACAUCUGGAGUAUCAGGAUAUGUUUCUGGUGCAAGGUUGGGAAGAACCUCGCGCCAACAAUCAUGGUACUCAGAUUCCAACUCUUCAAAAUCCAAUCAGACAGCGCAGUCAAUAUUCGGUCCGAGGAGAAUGUCAGACGAUUUGCCGAGAAUUCCCUCCCCUACCCAUCCACACAGCCUUCCCCCGAAGAAGCAGCGUCGAUGCUACACCUGUGCCAAGUGUGGAGUGAAUCUGAACGGGGAGAAAUCGUCACAGUGUGGAGUUGGCCAUCACACGUGUUCAUGCUGCCUUGAGGACCGCGUGAAACUCGUUCUCACUGGGAAGGCCAAGGAAUCUGUGAAAUGUUUGAAUGAUGCUUGCAACAACUACUACCCCAUUUAUGAGCUACGUAAGUCUCUGCCUGCCAUGGUGGUGGAGAUACUUGAGGACAAACUGGACAAAGAUUACGUCGACUGCAUUUCUGACAUGAUCUUAAAGGCUGCGGAAGAGGAGAUGGAGAUUGGGGAAGGAAGUCUGCCCGCCCUCGAGACCACGCCUGACAGACAAUUUGAGGACUGCCCUGGACACUGGGAUCCCAUGAACGAAAUAGAUGUUAACAAAAAAGGCUAUGUGCAGGUCAUGCUUGAGGUUGGAAGUCCCGAGUAUGAGGAAGUUACGCUGCGGUUCUUCGAAUCAAUGGUCGACCACAACGUGGAGGUCACAGCUGUUUACCGUAUACAGAAUCCCAUACAGUGGAAAUAUUACACUGUUAAGCGCUCUGAGAUGGUUCGGGACAACGAGGGUUUCGAGAGCGUGGUAGAGGGGAAUCUAUUCCAUGGGACAAACUUGAACGUUGUUGAGGCCAUCUCCCGGAAGGGCUUUGACUGGCGGGUGUGUGGCAAACAUGGCACUAUGUAUGGGCAGGGCUCUUACUUUGCUGUGAAUGCUUCCUACUCUCACCGAUACACAGAUCUUCAAAGACCCCAGUCAAUUCGCUCCUCCAUGACGAUGUACCAGCCAAUGUUGUUUUCCAUCCCAUCACAUUCAAACUCCUUGUACCUGAAUAUGAACCAAAAUGCAGGCAGCCCUGCCACCAGUGCCCAAAAUCUUGUAUCAUCUAGUCCUAUCAACCUUUCAAGCAACCCGUUCCCCGCUCACAGUCAGCAUAUCCAGGGGCCGGGGAGCCAGCCUGGUCACACCCUGGGGGCGGGACCAGGAUCUCUAGGCAAUGUUCCUACCCCAACCAGUUUAGGGCUUGGAUCCCUGCGUUCCCUACAGCCCAUACCUGUUCAACCUGGUCAACCAGGACCCAGCAGUGGGAUCACAUACAUGGCAAAUAGAACAUUAAUGUCCUGCACUAAGAAACCUUUACCGGUUGUACCAAAGCCUUUACAGAUAAGACAAAUUUCUGGCCUAGCCUCCACAGCUCUGGCAACCAACAUAGAAAGCAAUCAGGAGCCAGAACGCAACUCGGCAAAAAUGUUCUUUGCUAAGGUGCUGAUUGGACGGUACACCGAGGGUUUGCCUAAACUACGUAAACCACCACCUCGGUUCCAAAACGAUCCCUUUGGAAAGUGCUUUGACUCGUGUGUAGACAAUGUCGAUUCACCGAAGAUAUUCGUGAUAUUUGACUCGUCACAGGCCUACCCAGAAUACCUCAUUGAGUACACAUAUGGCAGUUAACAGACUCUCUGGAGUUGAAACUGUUUGAUUAGAACAAUUUGACAUGGUUUGAUGCUGGUACGAAGGCAUGUUCAUCUUCAUCUCCAUUUUUUGGCUUCUCAUUUUUUUGAAUAGCAAAAUAUUCAGUUAGGCCACUAUUAAAAACUAGUUGUUGUUUCCGGACUGUCGCACAAAAAUACUUGUGAUCAAAAUUUAUUCAAGCCGUUCUAGCAGUCCAAAUAUUUGGGGGGUUUUCAUUUUAUAUUACAGAAUUAAGUGGUUUGGAAGUAAAACAAAUAAAAGGCUUCCAAUCUAAUCACACCUAAAAUAGAAGGGAAAUGCCAAACUAUUGUGGCCUCAUUUAGUAUCAUAACCAUAUUCUGUAGGUUAGUGAGGAGAUUCCUGUCUUUUGUCUGAUUUUGAAAGUACAUAAUGACCGCGUUGUUACUUUGAAACGUGUUCGUUCUUUAUUUAUCUUUUUAUACAAAUGCAGUAUUGUAUAUGUAACCUUCUGUUAAUGGAACAAUGUUUGAUCUACAUUCAAUUUCUGUUACUGUUUUCUAGUUUGAUUAAAUGUGCAAUACAUUUGAAACUUACAUCUGGGACGUCAACUUCCAGUAUUUAUGAUAGUCUGCAGAUAAAAUAUACAUGGAUGAACUGCAUGUAGAAUAAGCAAUAGUUAUUAUACAAAUGAGCUGUAAUGCACCUGUCAUAAUAAUUUUGCCCGCCCGUGGGGGGGGGGGGGGGGGGUGAGACAGUACCUUAUCAAUUCUACUUUCAUUUUUGGAUGCAUGCUUAUUUUUAGAAGUUUUCUGCUGUAAUCAUUUAUAUUCUACAGGUAUAGUGAACGUUCUUUUGUGGAUUUAGUAUUAUUAAUACGACAUAUCGUGAGUUUCAUGUGACGCCUCUCAGACUCGCAAAAUAAAUGGGUCUAAUUCGCGAAAACAGAUGACAAACAUGAAAAACGCUCGGCCCCAUGCAUACUAUGUCUGGGUAUAGGUGAAAAUAAAUGGAGAAUACAAUCCCUGUAUACCUUUGAAUAUUGUUCCUAUUUCUGGGGCAAUCUUCUCGCCCCAUCCCACAAUUUUCUCGACAGAAAAAUUCGAUUGGUCAUCCAUCAUGCAUGCGCUGUCUGCUACUAGAAAAAAAAACGAAUAAAAAUAUCGCUGUCGUCUUUCGACUUUUCGCGGUUACUCCCCUUUUUUAUUUUGUGGCGUCGAAAUUCCCAGUUCCCGGGAUGUAAAAACCGGCCAAAGUCUAUUUCCCGGGACCCGGAUUCAAUAAGUUUGUCAAAUUCCCGCCUUUCAAGAAUGGUGUUCUGUCUAAAGCCCCGUGUAUGCCCGCCGCCCCCUCGGGCGGCCAAAAUAAUGACAGGUGCAUAAUUAUAGAGAAGCUGCGAAUAUUGGCUUGUUUGAAAAGAAUGAAUUAUUAUCAUAGCAUUGAUAUCGUAUAUGUCAACAGCAGCAGCAUUGUCAUGCAGAAACAUUAACCGUUGCUGGAACCAGUAAAAAUGUUUUAAAUAUUCAAAUGAAAAAUUGUCAAUUGUUUUGACAUAUGCACAUGUAGCGCAAGACCCAUAACUCUGGCUUUGAUUAUUAUUAGUUAUACUCCUUGCUCAUCAAAAAAUAAAUAGCAGACGAAACACUCUGAAUACAGCUGUCAUGGUGCUACAAAUCCUGUUACUCAAAUGAAACACAGAACCAGCAUUAUCACAAACCAAGCUGCCUCUAGAGCAUAUGACUCUUCUGUGUAUAUCAAUGAUGUAUUGUCAUUUUGGGAAUAUGUUUUAGUAAUUUUUAAGCUUGUUUUGAAAAAAAAAUCGGGUAUUGUUAUAGCCUUGGUUUAUUAUUUGGUACAGCAGUGUUGUUGUUGUGCUGAAAUAUUUACAUAGGCCAUUACUAGAUAUUAAGAUAUUAAGAUAUUUACAUGGUGGUAUGUGGUACACAUGUUACUGUUGGUGAGAAGUUAUACAGAAACAUGCAUGUGUAGCAAUCCCACAUGUUGCCAGAGACAAUAACAAGGCCCAUAACUCAAGGCAGUAAUAAUUGUGGAGUUAUGUCCCCUGUUUUACUGUGCCAGAAGCAUGUGUAGCAAUCCCACAUGUUGCCAGAGACAAUAACAAGGCCCUUAAUUCAAGGCAGUAAAAAUUGUGGAGUUAUGUCCCCUUUUUUACUGUGCCAGAAGCAUGUGUAGCAAUCCCACAUGUUGCCAGAGACAAAAGCAAGGCACAUUACUCAGGCAGUAAUAAUUGUUGAGUUAUGUCCCCUGAUUUACUGAGCCAGAUGGACAAGUAUUGGCAUCUGGUUCUUUUAAACAUAUUUAUUUUACAACGAUUGUGAAACAAGAUAUUACAACAUUAUAUUAAUCACUCAAGUUGGCACGAUGUUAUGUAUGAGUGUGGUGUUGUGUUGUUUGGGAUACCGGAGGAAACCCACUUGUCCAGCUUGUUGACCACAAGCCAAACUCACAUGCGCCCAGGCCAGGAAUCGAACCCUGGUCGCCUUGGUGAGAAGCUUACCAGAUAACCACUGGCAUCCAUUUGCAGUAUGGAAAUCUUUCUUGAGUUUAGUUUAUGUUAAUGGCAUCAUGAAGCAUGGUAAACCUACAGGGAAAUUUAUUUGAAGUUUCAAAUAUUUUUUUUGUUUUUGUUGAAGUUUUUGAAAUCAUGUUAUUUCUGUUAGUAUUUAGCAUAAGUUAUUCCCCCAUUGUUGUAGUUUGUGAUACGUUUUUGUUGUUUAAAAUAAAUAAUUUUGAUAAUUUACCCAUUGUGCAAGAUCUGUUUUGAACAUUUUAUGCAAAUAUUUUCUGUUUAAAUUAUAUAUUUGCAACAUGUUCCACUUGUAUUUAUCUUUUAUUUUAAUUAUUUGAUGGGUCUUUUGGAAAGAGAAAACAGCAUAAAGAUACUUUAUUAUUUGAGUCGUGACACACAGAUUUUGGCCUUCAGACAUGCUUUGAUUUUCAUGUUUAAUUAUAUAUUGCAAUUAAGUGACAGUCAGGAUGCAAUGUUGAAAAUGAUAUCUUUAAUAUUGCAAGGUAAUGUUUUCACAAGCAUUACAGUGCAGUGCACAUUUUGUCAGCUUAUUUUAAAGUUGCCCAUACAACGUCGCAAUUAAAAAUAUUCAUAAUUUGAUGCAUUAUUAACAUAUCAUUGUUACAGUUGCCUUUUAAUUUAAGGUUUAUCAUAACACAAAAUUGUUGUAAAGUGAAAAUGACGUGCAGAUUUGAUCAUUCAUUUUAAACAAUUUGGGUUUUAUAAAUUUGGUUUCCACUGAAACAUGAUUAAGGUUAUUGAUAUAAAGCAGUUAUAGAAUUCCUUUCAAAGAAAUAUUAAAUAAUAUAAAAAAAUCAUUGUAUGUUGAUGAGGCCCCAAAUUGUUUGUCACAGCUCAUUUUCAUUCAUGUCUUUUCUGUAUUUUUCUGACCUAUUCUGUUUAAAUACUACAAUGAAGUUCUGUACAGGGGUGAUUUUUCGAAUAUUUUUUAUGCAAAUAUGCGAAAAAUUUGUAUGCAAACAUCAUUGCGAAUUUACAAUGAUAAAUGCUACAGGAUAUCCAUGUACAUGUACAUGUAUGAAGCAUGUGCAUUGUUAUAUUUACAUGCAAGUACUAGUAUUCCUUUUUAUGUGAAAUGAAGUUGUGCUCUUGUAUGUUAUACAUUUAAGACAUUUAAAUUUAUUUGUUAUGUAUGCAUCAUCAUCUUAAACGUAAAUAUAUGCUUAAGAACUGUAA